AUGGCGGCGAGCGAGCCCCUGGGUGACCACGACGUGCCCGCGCUUAACCUUGCGGGCGAUCCCAUGACCAUCCUUGGCUCAAAGAUUGCCGAAUUGGCGGGAAAGCUGCGCGGGUCCGUGGUGACGCCCAGGAGUCCCGGCUACGACGACGCCCGGCGAGUCUGGAACGCGAUGCUCGACCGGCGCCCGGCGCUGAUCGCGCGCUGCACGGGCACGGCUGACGUCAUCACUGCGGUCAACUUUGCGCGGGAUGAGGGGCUCCUGACCUGCGUGCGGUCGGGGGGCCACAGCCAGAGCGGCAGCUGCAUGGUGGACGGCGCCUUUGUGGUAGACCUGAAGGGAAUGAGGGCCGUUCGGGUGGAUCCCGCAGCUCGAGUGGUGUGGGCACAACCCGGUGCCACGCUGGCGGACAUUGAUCAUGAAACCGAUAUGUUUGACCUGGCGGUGCCGACUGGGAGGGUGUCGGCUACCGGCAUCGGCGGCCUGGCGCUGAACGGCGGCACGGGGUACCUGGGAAGGCCAUUCGGCCUGACUGUGGACAACCUGAGAUCUGCGGACGUGGUCCUGGCCGACGGGUCGUUCGUGAGGGCCAGCGCCGAUUCUAACCCCGACCUGUUUUGGGCGCUGCGCGGCGCCGGGGGAAACUUCGGCAUCGUGACGUCCUUCGAGUUCGACGCCCACCCCGUCGGGGAGGUCUUCGGCGGCAUGGUGGCAUUUCCGCGAGAGGCAGGGAAGGAUCUGGCCAAACUGUUUCGGAAUACAAUGCGCGACGCCCCGGACAACUUGGACUUGUCGUUCGCGCUCAUAACCCUGCCGGAUGGGACUCCCGCGUCAGCGAUCGUUGCCUGUUACUGCGGCCCGCCGGAGGAGGGUGAGGCGCUGCUGCGGCCCGUGCGUGAGUGGCGGACGCCGGUGGCGGACCUCAUGGGGCGCAUGAGGUUCAGGGGCAUCCAGGCGCUGUUCGACGACAUGGGGUGGAGCAAGCCUACGUACUGGAAGUCCAGCAUGGCGCAGGAGGUCACGGACGGCGCGAUCGACGUGCUGGUGGCUCAGGCGGAGAAGAUGGAGUCGCCCAUGUCGAUGGUGCUCAUAGAAUCCAACGGAGGGGCUGUUGCGCGGGUGGGGGAGACCGCCACGUCCUAUCCUAACAGAAGCGCACGUUAUUCCCUGGCGGCCUGUGCGAGAUGGGAGAGGUCUGAUCCAGAAGUGAACGCGCGCCAUGUGGGGUGGGCCAAGGAGACGCACGAGCUGCUGAGGCCGCAUGUUCAGGAAAAGGUGUAUCUUGGAUUCCUGAGUGACGACGGGGACAGCAGACUGCGCGAUGCGUACGGGUGCAAUUACGAGCGGCUGGAGGAGAUCAAGACGAAGUACGAUCCAGCCAACAUGUUCCGCCACACCGCCAACAUCAAGCCAAAGGCGUAG